GGCCAUUUUGCCUUGAACCCUGAGAUGAACGGGAAGCCAGUGCUGUUUGCAUGGAGCUGAUGCGCUAAACGCAGUACAGAAGAGCAGAGGUGUGGACGUAGCAAGCGACUGAAGGCAGAUAGCAGCAAGUUGCUGGGAAACCAUCCACCUGUCUACGGGACGCUUCUGCAGGGCCCUGGUAAAUCCUGCAUGGAGGUUAGCGGUUACCAAAGCAGAACAUGGCGGAUCAUCCUUUGCUACAUGUUCUCUGUGCUGACGGCAGGAAUCCUCUUGAUCGUCUUUCGCUGGAAACCGAGCCUGGAGGUCCGAGCAAAGUGCAGGCCGUGCGCCCUGCGGCACGCCGACUGGAUCAUCAUCACCGAUCGGUUUGGGCAGUGCUUCGUUACCCAGGUGCAAACUGAACAGCUCGGCGAGGGCAGCCUCGAGCAUCAUCCUGGGGCCAGAGGCGAUGAUGGGAGAACCAGCGUCGCCGUUGGAGUGUUGGACGAAGACGACAGCAGAGACACCGUCCGGCUUCACAGGAAGGAGGAGAAAAACGUCGUGCGCUACUAUCUCUUUGAAGGGUCGCGCUACGUCUGGAUUGAAAGACGGCAGGCGUACUGCAAGGUCAGUGUCUUAGAUGACGGCUGGACCUGUGCAGACAUCCAUCUCUCCCGGUCAGGCCUCAGCCAGCAAGACCACAGCACCAGGAGAAAGGUGUAUGGGCCAAACCUGAUUGAUGUGCCAGUCAAAUCCUACCUCAGGCUGUUGGUGGGCGAGGUGUUGAAUCCCUUCUACAUCUUCCAGGUUUUCAGCAUCAUUUUGUGGCUCUGUGACACCUACUACUAUUACGCUGCCUGCAUAUUCAUCAUCUCUGCAAUCUCCAUAGGGCUGUCACUCUACGAGACUAGAAAGCAAAGCGUGACGCUGCAGAACAUGGUGAAGAUGGCCAUCGGCGUGAGAGUCCACCGAGCCUCUGGAGAGGAGGCGGUGGUGAGCUCUCUGGACCUGGUGCCGGGUGACUGCAUCAGUCUCCCCGCCGACGGGUUCGUCGUCCCCUGCGACGCCGCGCUGCUGACCGGCGAGUGCAUGGUCAACGAGAGCAUGCUGACAGGGGAGAGCGUCCCAGUGAUGAAGACGCCUUUACCCAGCGGACCCCAAGCUGCCAACAUGAUCUAUUCCCCUGAGGAGCACAAACGGCACACGCUGUUCUGCGGGACUCAGGUCCUCCAAGCCAAAUCCUACGUGGGCAAGGAGGUCCUGGCUGUGGUGACACGCACAGGGUUCUGUACAGCCAAAGGGGACCUGAUCAGCUCUAUCCUCUACCCCAAGCCUGUGAGCUUCAGGUUCUACAGGGAUGCGGUGAAGUUUGUCCUCUUCCUCGCAGUUCUGGCUCUUAUCGGCACCACGUACAGCAUUGUGAUUUUGAUUAGAAACCAGGUUCCUCUCCAGCAAAUAAUCAUCCGUGCGCUGGAUCUCAUCACGGUCAUCGUGCCCCCGGCUCUCCCUGCUGCGAUGACUGUGGGCACCAUCUAUGCCCAGAACAGGCUGAAGCGGCAUGGCAUCUUCUGCAUCAGCCCUCCCCGGAUUAACCUGUGCGGGAAAAUCCGCCUGGUCUGCUUUGAUAAGACCGGGACCCUCACAGAGGAAGGCCUGGAUGUCUGGGGCGUCGUUCCCAUGGAGAAUAACUGCUUCCUGCCCAUCGUCCAUGAGCCCCGCUGCUUGGCCGAUGGCCCCUUGCUGUACUCGCUGGCCACCUGCCACAGUGUGUCUCUGCUGAGGGAGCAGCCCAUAGGAGACCCUAUGGACCUCAAGAUGGUGGAAUCCACCGGCUGGCUCCUGGAGGAGGCCACGGGGGAGGAGGCCAAGCUGCGCACAGUCCAGCACUUCGGGACAAAGGUCCUAGCGGUGAUGAAGCCGCCCCCUCUGGAAGAACAACCCCACGGCAUGAAACACAAGGUGUCCGCUGGGAUUCUCCGUCGGUUCCCGUUCUCCUCCUCCCUGCAGAGGAUGAGCGUCCUGGUGAAGCUGCCUGGCGACGCCCCUUCAGAGGCGUACAUAAAGGGGGCUCCAGAGAUGGUGGCCAGUCUCUGUAAGGAAGAAACAGUCCCUCCGGAUUUCUCCCAGUUGUUACGACACUACACUACAGAUGGUUUCCGGGUCCUGGGGCUCGCCUACAAAACGCUACCUACCCUCAAAACCUUUGAGGAAGCUCAGCAGCUGACGAGGGAUGCCGUAGAGAGUGGAAUGACUCUCCUUGGCUUCCUAGUGAUGAGAAACGUCCUCAAGGCAGAGACGGCCUCCGUGAUCCACCUGCUGAGGAACGCAAACAUCCGCACCGUCAUGGUGACAGGGGACAACAUGCUGACCGCGGUGAACGUGGCCAAGAGCUGCCGGAUGGUGGAGCUGAAGGAGCGGGUGGUGUUCGUGAACGCCUCGCCGCCCAGCCACAACAAACCCGCCGCCCUCAGAUUCAUCCUCUCCGACGACCCCCAGGGGCAGGAGCAGCCACAGGGCCUGUACCAGCAGGACGGCUGUUUCCUCGAGCAGCAGCCCUGCCACUUGGCACUGAACGGGAAAUCCUUCGCUGUGGUCUGUGAACACUUCCCCCACCUGCUACCCAGGAUCCUGAUUCAGGCCACGAUUUUCGCUCGCAUGUCACCUGAGCAGAAAACACAGCUGGUUUGCAGCUUACAAGACCUCAACUAUUGCGUGGGGAUGUGCGGGGACGGCGCCAAUGACUGCGGAGCGCUGAAGGCGGCUGACGUGGGGAUCUCUCUCUCGGAGGCGGAGGCCUCCGUGGCUUCACCGUUCACCUCCAGAAUCGCCAACAUCGAGUGUGUGCCCAUGGUCAUAAGGGAAGGCCGAUGUUCUCUGGUCACCUCCUUUGGGGUUUUUAAGUACAUGGCCCUGUACAGCCUGGUGCAAUUCGUCUCAGUGCUUCUACUCUACACGCCUCCUCCUCCAAACAGCUCUGCUGAUCACGGUUCAAGUCAUGAGUUACUUCAUCACAGUCUCACAGAGCUGGUACGUCCCGCUGAACAGCACGGUGAGCGCCCCGCAGAACCUGCCCAACUACGAGAACACCGUGGUGUUCUGCAUCUCGGCCUUCCAGUACCUGAUCCUCGCCGUCGCCAUGUCCAAGGGGUACCCCUUCCGGGAGCCGCUGUUCACCAACGUGCCGUUCCUGCUUGUCCUUGUCGCUCUCUUCGGCCUGACGAUGGGGAUCACUCUUUACCCGCUGGGCUUCGUGAAAGCCGUGCUGAAGCUGAAAGACAUAAGCGACAUGAGCUUCAAGAUGUUGCUGCUAGGCAUGGCCACGCUCAACUUCUUCACAGCCUUCAUGCUGGAGACCGCCCUGGAUCACGGCAUGCUCAACUGCCUGCGGCAGCUGCGCCAGAAGAGGGCCUCCAAGAAGCUGUUCAAGAGGUUGGAGCAGGAGCUCAGUCAGCAGCAACCGCCGUCCUGGCCGCCACUGAACGAGCCACUCUUCGCCACGCCCAAAAUGUCCAUCUCCGGGAGCUAGCCCCGGCCCUGGAGAACCCUCGCUCCAGGGACAAUGUCCGUGAGUCCAGCAACAGCCUGGGGGAGCUUUCCGGCCUUCCCCGAUCCAGCUCCAUUUAUUUAUGUUCCUCUGUCCGUCGCUGCCUUCCCCAUGGGCUCUGGCUACUGCAGGGUUCUCGGUGCCCAGCCCCAGUGAGACGCCUCACGCUGAUGGCCCCAAGGUGCUCGUCUCAGGGGAUGGAUGAGGGAGGCAGAGAAAGGGCCGGGGAGCCCGUCUCCCCUGGGGUGCAAGUACUCAACCCGCCCUCGCUCUGGAAAGCAGGGCAGGUGGGGUUACCGCGGGGAAGCCCUCAGCAGCACUACCACAGAGCAGCUGCCCUCCGCUCGGAAAACUAUUCCAGAUCUCUGGCGUGCCUGGGUCAAGCACCAGUCGGGAUUAGACACAGGCAAGUGACUGGUCCAGUCGCGCCUGUGACUCAGGAAGAGGAGCUGUCCGGGACUGCUGCUAUGUUGUAGUCACAGUGCCCCGUCGAAUGGUUACCUUCCCCGUAAGGGGCCCCAGCGGAUCCUUCAUCCCCCGUGGGACCGCGCUCUUCCACUCGCUCGGGGUGGCUGGGUCAGUGCCCAGCUGGGUGAUUUGCCCUGGACUGGGCGUGGAGCGGUCCUCACAGCUAUGUUGCACCUUGUCAGGGAGGGAUGUUUGAAAACGGGGACCCCCUCUCACCCCGCACCCUUGUGUCCUUGGUGUUAAAAGCCACUAAUAAAAGAUGGCCUCUGUUGCCAUGGUGCUGCACUCGUCUUGUGGCUCCUCUCACUGUGAACAAGCCACCUGCAUCCCUCCGCAGACGAGGCAGUGACCUCCGAACGGCCACGCGUAGCAGACACUUAGCUCGCCGGACCGGUUUGCAACCCAGCUGCUGUAGCAAAUGAGAGUGUUACCUGGCCCGCGUGAUGCUCAGCGCUCAUUAAGAGACGGGCAUGACGAGCUGCUGGAACGUGACAGAGGAUGGGAUUAGAGAUAUUUAAUUAAGAAUAUAGUUGAGAGCUGUAUUUAUUCCACACUCCCCCCCUCGCCUGUUCAUCGGAGCAGGUAGAAUUGUAGCAGUCGGCUGUACUGUCCAUCCAAACCGAUCCUUGCCUCCACUCUUGAGACGUGCCUGGAUUGCUGUUACUAUUCCAAAAAGUUGGGUCAUUUGCCACCUCUGUAGCCAAGAAGCUGCGGGCCAGAUUCCAGUUUGAAAGCCGGGUUUGUGCACUUCCACUGCUGAUGGGUCCUCUGCUAGAACGUUACUGGUGACACUUCGGCAAAGUGAUGGAAUUGAAAUGGAAGAUGUGUAGGAUGUAAGCUCUAUUUUUAUUCGUCAAAGUGUAUAGCGAGGGAGUGUGUGUGUGUGUGUCUGUGUGUGUGUGUAAAUCAUGUACAAUCUCCAACUUCGCUGUGUUGCUUUUUUGAGUGUAUCUAAUAAAUCAACAUUAUUUUCU